GUUUCCUCUCACGUGUUAAAAAAUUUAAUCAUUCAACAGACAAUAUGGAAACACAAAUGGAAAAAAUUCCUGAGCAUUGCCCAGGUAUUCAAAGUGAAUCUGCUGGAAAAGCAUCCACCUGUGCUGGAUGCCCAAAUCAAAAAAUAUGUGAAUCAGGUGAAGCAAAAUUGGAAGACCCAAAGAUAAUUGCUGGUAUUCAACAACGCAUGUUGAAUGUAAAACAUAAGGUCCUUGUUCUCUCGGGGAAAGGGGGAGUAGGUAAAAGCACAAUAACUACCAUGAUAGCACGGGUGUUCGCGCAGGACCUAACCAAAAAUAUUGCUGUUAUGGAUGUUGAUAUUUGUGGUCCAUCAACUCCUCGGAUCAUGGGUGUUGAAGGUGAAACUGUUCAUCAAAGUGGUUCAGGCUGGUCUCCUGUUUAUAUAGGUGAAAACUUAUCUCUUAUGUCUGUCGGAUUACUAUUGGGAAGCCCUGAUGACGCAGUGAUUUGGAGAGGACCCAAGAAAAACGGUUUAAUCAAGCAAUUUUUAACUGAAGUUGAUUGGGGUUCAUUGGAUUAUUUGUUGAUGGAUACACCUCCUGGAACAUCAGAUGAACACUUGUCAGUUGCACAAUACAUGAUACCUUGCAAGCUUGAUGGAGCAAUAAUCGUUACAUCGCCACAAGAAAUUUCUCUACUAGAUGUUCGCAAAGAAAUUAAUUUUUGUAGAAAAGUCAAUAUUCCCAUAAUUGGGAUAGUUGAGAACAUGAGUUGGUUUGUGUGUCCAAAAUGUACUAAAGAAAGCAUAAUAUUUCCUGCUAGUACAGGGGGUGCACGACAAAUGGCAAGUGAGUUCCAGUUGCCCUUCCUUGGUCAAAUUCCCCUCGAUCAUCGUCUAGCGCAAUCUUGUGAUGAAGGAAAUGAUUUCUUCGAAACAUAUGCUGAUUCAGCAACCGCCGCAGCUUUUACUGAGCUAGGCAAAGCCAUUGACGCGGAAAUAAGGAAACUGUGAUCUAUGCCGAACUUCAGCUUCCUCAAGAAAAAUCUGGAAGAAGGCAUUCCUAAUGACUUCCAACGUUUGGCAUUUCGCUCACGCAGAAUCCCUUGUAAGUUUCUUCGUUAUCUUUUCACAUGGUUAAAUCGUUUGUGUGCUUAAUACACUCACAAAUACUUGUAGAAA